AACUCAUUCUAAUCAGUUACAGGCAAAAGAACGCACGCUGUGAACGACACUUCUUUUACAAACGUAUUUCACAACACUGAUUUCUGCUAAAACUGGAAGUGAUGGGUAGCAAUUGUUUAGUAUCCGGCCCACACUUUGCUAGAAUGGAAAGCCAGCAGAAUCCUCUGAAGAGGAUGGAUCUUGCUUCAGAACAACCUGAGCUCCAGUCCAAGGAGAAGCCGGUUAAAAAGAGGAGAAGAACGACAGAAGAGAAGGAUGUGAAGACUGAAAAGACAGAGACCUGUGUAGAGGCACCCUGCCCUGUCAAUAGAAGAGUAAGCAAGGUGAAUCCUUUGAAGAAGAAAAGGAUGGAUCUUGCUCCUGAACAACUUGAACUCCAGCCCAAGGAGAAGCCGGUUAAAAAGAGGAGAAGAAUGACAGAAGAGAAGGAUGUGAAGACUGAAAAGACAGAGACCUGUGUAGAGGCACCCUGCCCUGUCAAUAGAAGAGUAAGCAAGGUGAAUCCUUUGAAGAAGAAAAGGAUGGAUCUUGCUCCUGAACAACUUGAACUCCAGCCCAAGGAGAAGCCAGUUAAAAAGAGGAGAAGAAUGACAGAAGAGAAGGAUGUGAAGACUGAAAAGACAGAGACCUGUGUAGAGGCACCCUGCCCUGUCAAUAGAAGAGUAAGCAAGGUGAAUCCUUUGAAGAGGAAAAGGAUGGAUCUUGCUCUUGAACAACCUGAACUCCAGCCCAAGGAGAAGCCAGUUAAAAAGAGGAGAAGAAUGACAGAAGAGAAGGAUGUGAAGACUGAAAAGACAGAGACCUGUGUAGAGGCACCCUGCCCUGUCAAUAGAAGAGUAAGCAAGGUGAAUCCUUUGAAGAGGAAAAAGAUGGAUUUUGCUCCUGAACAACCUGAGCUCCAGCCCAAGGAGAAGCCAGUUAAAAAUAGGAGAAGAGAGACAAAAGAGAAGGAUGUGAAGACUGAAAGGACAGCGACCUGUGUAGAGGCAUCCUGCUCUAUCAAUAGAAGAGUAAGCAAGGUGAAUCCUUUGAAGAGGAAAAGGAUGGAUGCUCCUCCUGAAGGACCCGAGCCCCAGCCUAAGGAGCAGAAAAGGGCUGAAAAGAUGAGGAGAACAGAGACAGAAGAGAACAAUGUGAAGACGAAAAAGAGAGCAAACAUUUUCAGUCGCUACACUCUGGGAAAGCGGCUUGGAGAAGGAGCGUUCGCUUUCGUGUAUGCAGGUGUUCGAAAAUCAGAUAGAAAAAAGGUGGCCCUGAAAUUCAUUUACAGGUCUAGAGUUGACCCAUACAUCACCCUUCCUGGCGACACACGCAGACUCCCUCUUGAGGUGGCACUAAUGGAGCUCGUCUGCAAGCCGCCUCACUGUCCAUUUGUGAUAGAGCUGCUGGAAUGGUUUGAGACGCCCGCAUUCUUCCUCCUGGUUCUGGAGCGGCCCGACCCCUGCGUUGAUCUCCUUGACUACUGUAAAGAUCUGAACAUGUCAGAAUGUACGGCUCGAACGAUCAUGCAGCAAAUACUUUUCGCUGCACUUCACUGCCGUGGCCGGGGUGUGAUCCAUCGAGACAUCACAGAAUCAAACAUUCUCCUGAACCCUCAGACGCUUGAUGUGAAGCUGAUUGAUUUCGGCUGUGGUGAUCUGCUUAAGGACACCCGCUUCACGGAAUUUUCAGGCACCCGGCCUUUGUAUCCACCUGAAUGGAUCACUGAAGCAGAGUACGAGGCGGAACCUGCCACCGUCUGGGCUCUUGGCAUACUUCUGUACCAACUGCUAUGUAAAGCAAAGCCUUUUUCAGGAGACCAUGAGAUUGUUUAUGGCCACCUGGACUUCCCUGAUGAUCUGUCUGAAGCUUCCUGCAGUCUGAUAAAGUGGUGCCUGCAACGUGACCCUAAAAGACGACCAACCCUUGAGCAGAUCCUUGCACAUCACUGGUUCUGAGGCCAG